CGAUGCAAUACGAUAUUUAAUUUCUGUUUGUGUGCACAUUUUUGCAAAAAAUAUUCUUUCAUGUUUAUUUUGUACUUCAACCAAAGCUAAUGAGUAAAAAAUGACAUUGCUAUAAAUAGCUAUGGUGCUUUUAUUUUAAAUACAAGAAUUCUAGAAAGUGGUUACGUUAUCAGGUGUGAUUAAAAUUAUUAUUUACUUUCUAAUUUAUCAAUAAAAUGUGAUAAAGGCGUUGGUUUUAUGUGAUAUCUCGAGGACUAUACAAACAAACGCAUGGAUGACAAGGUUUUGAAGAGCCCUUUCUAAUCUGCUAGUGGGAAUUUACAAGGUCUGGUGCCGCCGACACGAUGAUGCACAUGUGGAUGUGGUUCGGUUACGACCUCGGGGAGUUUAUGUUCUCCGGGCUGACUAUCAGCUCGCGCUGGUCGUUCGCCAUCACAUGGAUCGUGCUGUUCUUUGUCGCUCUGCUCUUCGAAGGCUCCAAGGUGUACUUGGCGAAGGUGCAGCGUGCGGCUCACAAGAAGCUGUACCCGUACCGGUCGGACGAGAGGCGCAAUCUAUUGUGCGAUAGGGAGCAGGGCGGCAUCAUGGAGCCCACCACCAGCCGCAACACCAGCUCCGGCCAGGUCAGCCGCUGGGCCUCGCUCAGGGUGCGUUCGGAUUCCAGCGCCUUGGUGAACACCCACCAGUCUGUGGUGUUCCUGCUGCACAACGUGGUGGGCUACCUGCUCAUGUUGGCCGUCAUGGUCUACAACGUGCAUCUGUUGCUAGCUGUCGUUUUCGGCAUGAUGCUUGGAUAUUUCCUGUUCGGUACUAAGCUGACGCGGCUACAGAUGCAGUGUUUCAGCACCAAGCGAGUGGUCAUCUGCACGCCGGAGUGUGACGAUACCGCUGAAAACACGACGCCGCCCUUACUGGACUCCUCCAUGAGUUCAGAGUCGGACUUCUUUAUCUGCCAGACGCGCACCUGCAUCCAGCCGUCGCACUACUUCCCUGCAUCUUCGCAAGAUGGCGGCCCCAGCGAGCAGAACGCCACCUGCUUCUAUGGUGCCAAGAAGUGCCCCUCAAAAGUAGCCAGAGCAAAGAAAAUGCAAGCUUCCACAUCGCACUGCCACCACGAAAGCGAAAAAGAAGACAGUCCUAGCGUAGAAGACGUCCAACUCUUGCGGACGGAGCGGCAAGGAUGCUGCAAGAAGAAGCAAGAGCCGCCUCCCGAGGAGAAGUGCUGCAAGAAGGAAACCACAGUGAUGGUGCACGAGCCCAGCCAGAGCUGCUGCAAGGACGAGGCCGUGGAGGAGAAGAGGCAGGACGUAAGGGAGAAAAGUCCGCAGAUCACCUGCUGUCAUAACGCCAAGUCCGCGCCCAGCGACAGCCAGGAGCAGAUCAUCAAGUGACACGCGCGCGGGGCUCGGCCGAGCUACACGCUGUUGUGGGUGUGAUUAUGGUUUGCUUGAAAUCUUGUUGAAGAACUUUAUACGUUUUAGGUAUAUUUUAAUGUGGUAACGAGUUGAUGUGUGAACUAAGGCGUGGCCAAGGAAUUGUGUAAAACACUGCGAUCAAAGUAUAAACGUAGUUUAUAGAAAUGAAUUGUAACAAUGAUGUUUUUGACUAAGAACCGUCUUCCAAUAUUUUUGAUUGGUUACAAGCAAACACAACACAACCACUACGAUUCUGUGAUAACUUUCUUCUUCCUGCCUCUUCUGGGAAAUAGCUGAUUAAGACGUGGAUUGUGCACGGCACCUAACAAUAUGUCGUCACUUAUAAACAAGUUGCUACUAAUUAUGACAAGUUUAUUGUUUAGUUAUUGUACAGAGACAUAUUUUACUAUUAGUUGUUAAGUUUUGCAUCUUCAUAUAUUACUAAGCGCGUUGGGAAAUGGACGACGAAUGGAUAAAUCGGAAUUCGGUGUGUAUUGAGCUUAGUGGUAAAGCAUUGGUGUACCUUUGUUGGAGUAUAGCGUUUUGUUAAAUCCACAUUUAGUUGUAAAUUAAAGGUUAAUAGGUGACUGUUGCUACACCCAACGCGUUUAUAUUUAUUGCAUGUAAUUUAGAUAAUAAUAGAAAAUCAUGAAUGUAUACUGGAAUGAGUGCAAAUUGAAGGCUAUCUCGACUGUACCCAAAUUUGACUGUUUUCCUGCAGAAUGAUUUUAUUUAAGACUUAGAGAUGUAUUUUUUUAAAGCAUAUUAUAGUAAUUUUACCUUACUUACAGCCUCUGCCAUAAAUAAGCAAUAUCGAACAAUCUUAUUGUGUAUAAAGUUUUUAACUUGUGUUAACCAUUUUAAUUGGAAGAAAGUAGUGGCAAAGGCUCGCAAUGUAUUGACGAUGUAAUAAAUCAUCGCUAGUCAGUCCGUUAGAAUUUGGUUGAGUAUUUGUCCCGAUUAAUAGUUUAUUUUAGGGCUUCGGUGCUAGCUCAAAUGAACAAUGUUGACUGAUGUGUUAGUAAUAAUUUGGACGUUGUGUUCGCGAAGUUGUGUUCAUUAUUUAUAUGCUGACUGUACCUUAUUUAUACGUAAUUAUCUCCACCCGACAAUAUUUUGUAGUAUAUACACCAAAGUGCCUUAUUGUUGAGUUGCGUUGUGCCAAAUUUAGUAAGUUUUGUUCAAGUUGUGAGUAGAGGCACCUUUAUAAUGUUGUUGUUGGAUAUAAAUAUAGUUUAAUAUUCUAGU